GAAUGAUAAAAAUGAAAAUUAAUGAGAAGAACCUGAUUACCUAUUCUGCUUUAAAAGGAAGAGACAGAUCGUGAUGAUCGCUUACGCGUGAUUCGUAUUCGCGGUAUGUAACCACGCUUGCGAUUACGCGCAGGAUCUUGCGAUGAUUUGAAAAUUGGUGAGUGACGUAGUCGACAGGCGCGUAUAAUGCCUUUUUUGGAAAAGGGCAUCACGUAUGCAGUCUUUCCAAGUAUUUUCUCCCCCUAUCUCUCUCUUUCUCUCACACAUACACACACCACACACACACAUUAUUCUCUCUUUUCUCGGAUCGUUUGUACUCGUUGACCGUUGCGCGCGUGACCUCAGUGGUAAAUUGAGGAGUACCAUUAGGUCGAAGACUGGCAUUAAUAACGAUUUAAUGGAGUAAUGGGGCCUCCGAUGCAUCACCACCUCCUUCGUCCGCGAGUCAUCGCCGAAUUACUCGAAAGAGUCUUGCCCCCUUGUAUGACAACUUAUGGUAUAGAUAUGUUCAUAUAGAUAGAAUUGAUAUCAUACAGUUCCAAGAGACACUGUCCUCGUUUAAUACCGUCUUUCAAAAGCGUGCAGGAGACGAUCGAAGGCCGAUGAAUGUGAAGAGAAUCGAAUCGCUGUUGUUAUUUCGAGAAGUGAGCCAGACCUACUGAUCCAUUUUCCGUGUUUGUACAUAGUACCUAGUUACGAUAGGCAAGAUCGAGUGCUUAGUAUGUUCCUUAGAAGAUUGACAGAUGGCGACGUUCAAAAGCGUUUUGAACAUUGUCAUAAGGUAUAAUUCUGUCGGAUCAAUAUUGGUCAUACAAUAUAGGUGGAUCGUUAGAAGCGGACGAAAAAUUAAAAGAGAAUAAGGGAAUUAAAUUCAUGGAUUUACCUUGAAUGUAAUCAAAUUAGCCUCUUGACGUUCGUGAACCUGUUGAACGUAUAGCUUCUCGGUCUAGGCCGAAAGUGACAUUUUCUGGCUUAACCCCAAAAGGAAGUCGACUCAAAUUAAACCCUGACAUUGUUCAAAUAUUUUCAAUGCAUUGCAUAUAGAUGUCAAAGAUAUUGGGCACAAUGGUUGUCCAAUGUAGGAAGUCCCGGAAGUGUGAUCGACCAUUGCGAAUUCACAAACUGGGAAAAUGUCCAGAGGCCACAAUACCAAGGAUACACGAUUCGCUUCUAAAUGAAUGGUGUACCACGAAUUCGUCUGUUGGACUAUCAUCUGACAGUUGGCGGGACUCUGUAAGAUGACUGGGACGUUAAUGAAUGAAUUAUCAAGUGAGCAUUCGAAAAUCACAAUUGCCAAGAAAUGUACAAGAGGGGAAGAUUACUGAAAGUAAUCAAACGACAAUGGCGCAAUGUUUUUAAAUAGCCUGUUACUAUAUUGUGUGUAUGUAUAGCCUUGUAUGGAAAGGAGAAUAAUUUAUAUGUAACGAACGACACAGAAUAUUUCUACGAAAUAAAUCAAACAAAGGAAAAUAUAUUCGCGCUGGUAAUUAUAUUUCAUGUGAAAUCAGCUUUGUAAUUCAAAUAUAUCCCCAAUUUCUUAUGAACGAUAACGACAGCUGUUAAUACUCAUAUUCAUUUAUAUUCAGCAGUUUAAUUCGUUAACGUGACUACGUAGUUAAUUAAAUUGUUCCUGAUUAUCUGAUUAUGCCAAUUCAUUAGUCAAACUGCAAGUGCUAAGUCGCUUGGCAAUCGUCCCUUCUGAUCAUUGGUGAUAUGUACAUACAGUUUGUACACCCCAGGGCUAAUAAUAAAUUCCAUUAAAAUUAUUAUUAGAGACGAGGAAUCGUGACUUCGCAAAUUUUACAAAUUAUCCAUGUCAAAAUGUUAGCGCGUAUUGCGAAAGAAAGUAUUUCACAUUUCGAUUCAUCAAUUUCUUUUUUUUUCUGUUUUUCGUCCAACGAGGAAAUGUCCCAAUAAUCGGACUGUCACGUAACUUGCGUACAAGUCUAAUGAUAAUGCGUGAUAUUUUGAUAUUGCUGGCAAAAUUGAUAUUAAAUCGAAAAUUGUGACGAAGAACACUUUACACGGUAAAUAUUUUGUUAUCGAUCAUUGUCUUAUUUGUACGGCAUAUGGAGACAAUAUUUAAGCUGGAUAAGAGUCAAUUAUCUUACGUAAUACAAUUGCCCUAGGAAUAAAAUAAAAGUCGGAACGUCUUUCGUUGAAGUUUCAGAAUACGUAACAUUGGUUUUACAGUUGCGAUUCUGUGUAAUGAGAAUAUUAAUUGCAACGAUAGUGGCUCUGCCACUUCUCCGAGCUUCCCUUUUCGAAGAGUAUAAAAAAGUAAAGGCCGAAAAAAAUAGAUUUCAAGAAUUGAUCGACACAACAGCUCUGAUAGUGAAUGAGAAUGUAAAAAUCUUAAAGACUCGUUGUGUGGCGACUAUAGGCACCGGGAGUGCCAUAAGUCAAAGUGUUUUGAAAAAAAUUGACUCAGGCCUGGCUACACCCUAUGAAAAACACGGUUUGACAAACAACGUGUUAGUCUUUGUGGAUUUGUAUUCGAACGUCUCAAACCUAAUAUUACAAAGAAUAGAAUAUUUUUCGAGGCGUGAAAGAUUUGUACUGUGUGUUAUGGAUCGCUUUAACAGUGCAACGUAUUUGAAGAUGAAAUUCUUAAAAGAAUUACAGGAUCUCUGGGUAAACAGAGUGUCCCAAAUAAUACUGAUAGCAAUAGUUGAGAAUGAAGUUAACGUGUUCGGUUUGGAAUUGUAUCCACCCAAUGUCUGUUUCCCGAUAAACAUUAUAAAACUAGCCACGUUAAGAAACGGAAGCCUCAUUCGUAAUACGCCAUUUUAUCAACGAGUAAAGAAUCUAAAUGGCUGUCAAUUACGAGCAGUCACUUCUAAUGGAUUGCCAUAUGUGCAAAUUUAUAUAGAAAAUAACAUAACAAAAGUACGUGGCAUCGAAGGAAACUUGAUAAACAUCAUGGCGAAGAGAAUGAACUUCACAAUUAAAAUAACAGAUGUUGACUCUGGUAUCAAGAUAAAUUUAACUAGCCCUGAUACAAAAGAAUUUAUACGUGUAAAUUGGUCGGAUAUCUGCUUUGGCGCAAAACAAGUGGCUAGAAAUGACAAAGUUGAAGCUAGCGUCUUUCUAUGGGAUUGCGAGAAGGUCUGGAUCGUACCAAAAUCUCAACCGAUUCUUAUAUUAAAACAUGAAUUUUUACCAUUUGACAAGUAUGUUUGGAUAUCAGUUAUCAUUACCAUGAUAAUAGGAUUUGUCGUUUUUAAAACUUUUAUCAAUGAUCAACAUACAAGCAUUCUUAUGCUAUGGUCAUUCUUUUUGGGUAUAGCAGUAGAAAUGACUAACUCGCCAAAACGUUUGUCUGCGAGGAUUUUUCUGACUGCUUGGCUCAUCUUUUGCUAUGUUGUCACACGUGCAUAUCUUAGUUCUAUGGAAGGUUUUUUAACAAAACCUAAAUUCGAGCCAGAGAUCGAUACAUAUGAUCAACUGAUAAAUUCAAAUAUUCCUAUGUAUGGAAUGAAUUACAUGCGAAUGUAUUAUUGCUCGGAGAAUGAUAUAAUUAGUAAAAUUAUAUGUGAGAGAUUUGUCCCCCGUACUAAUAAUGAGGUUUAUGAUGAUAUUAAAGUGAAGGGUGUUACUGCAGCUUUUAUAUCAAAAUUAGGAAUUGUGGGAAAUUUGAAAUUGCUACGGGACCAUGAAUAUCAUGUGAUGAAGGAGAAUGUAGUCAAGUAUACAAUAGUAUUUUAUGUAAAGCUUGGUGCACCAUAUCUCGAGGAAAUAAAUCGUAUUAUUACUUGUAUGCUUGAGACUGGAUUUAUUGAAUUAUGGGUAAGACAGAAUAUGUUGACAAAGAGUCCGCUGAAGUUUCACCGAACCGAAUUGAAAAUACAGCAUAUUUCAGGAAUUAUGUGUAUAACAGCUAUAGGAUAUACCAUGGCGAUCUUAAUAUUUUUGAUUGAAUGCUUCGUCGGGUAUUGCGUACAUCAUAAGAGAAAAAAUAUGUAGUAAAGUAUGGAUGAUUACGACAAUUUCUGUUUAAAGAAAAUAGUGUAGUCUUUAAAGAACUGUGUAUUUCUCCUAAGCUAUCAUUAAAAUAUUUAUUUGUACAAUGAGAAAGAACUUUUAUUCUAUAUUGGUGCUAUAAUUAAUCUACACAAUCUGCUUUAGAUUGUGAUUGGAGUCGAUAACAACUUAGAUAUUAAACCAUUAUCGCUCUAAAUAUUAUACA